AUGGAAGACGAUCCCUUUGUGGCUCCCAGUUUCGGGGACGACAUCAACCUGAACUACUCGAGCCCAUCAAACGCGACGCACAGCAAAACCUCUCACUUGCUCGACCUGGACCCGUCCUACUCGUCGGACCAUCUCAUCGACCCACAAAACCACGCCCUCUCCGCUUACCCGUUGGACGAAGACCCAGGCCAGUCGUCACUCGUCUAUGAUCAACCGCCCAACGCCCUGAGCGAUAUGAUAGACUCGCUUCCGUCGACCGACUCCACUCCAUACGAUGAUCCGUCGACCCAUCCGCUCUUGUCUGAGACCGCCCCCCGUUCGACGGGCAUGAUGACACGGGCUGUAGUCCCGCCCAUUUUGAGGCGCAAUCCACCGGCCGAAUCGUCGGUAGCCCAAGUACCUGAGUCGCCCAAAGGCAAGGCCAAAGGGCCGGUGACGCGCCGAGGUCGGAAGAAGAAAGAUCCCAACGCCCCGGCCUCGGUCUCAUCGGCGUACGCCUUCUUUUUCAAAGAAAUCCAGGGCUCGGUCAAGGCCAAGAACCCCAACAUCAAGUUCGGGGAAGUGUCCAAGAUCGUGGCCCACAUGUGGGAGAAUUUAGGCGAGGAGGAAAAAUCCGUGUACCGAAAAAAGAACGAGCAGGAUAAAGAGCGCUUUGAGAGCGAGAUGUCCGAGUACAAAGCACGGCAAUCCAUGAUGAGCCCCAGUGAAGACAGUAAUGACCCCUCGCCGCCUAAUAGCGCUACCCCGCCUAAGCGUGAGUCACUAAAACGCGGAGCGGCCGCCCGAUCCCAAGUCAAGCUCGUGACGCGAAAUCACGGCCAGAUCUCGGCCCAACUCCAAUCCCGCCUUCAGCCGCCGGAAUCCGAGGAUGAGGAUGAUUCCAAUGAAACUGCUCCUCCGCCUGCCCCAUCAGUUGUUCCCAUUGGUAGCCAGCCUAAUGCGGUGGAGCAUCCGAUCAUGGAGCAUCGUUGUAUACGAGUGAAUUGUGAGAACUUUGCCAUCAAGAACGACGAGUGGGAAGACGAGUAUUGCUCCAACGAGUGCGCCGUUCAACAUUGUAAGUCGGUAUUUCGAGAUUGGAUUAUGGCCCAAAAUGCGGGUGCCAUCGAGGACUAG